UGCUAUUGGUGGAUCUCAUGUGAGUGACAGGUUGCCCCGCCCUCAUCAUCAGAGAAGAGAAGAGAUUCUGAUUCAAGAUUACAAGGAACAUGAAUUUAACACAAUAUGGAUGUGCACCGAUAAAUCAUUUAGAAUAAACACCGCAAUGUUCCAUAACAAAAAAAAUAAGAAUUGUCUGUUUUGAUUUGAUGGUGACUUUAAUAUUUCUGUGCUCAUGGACAGACAGAUGUGAGAGAUGUUCCUCUGAACGCGUAAGUGCAGAUUGAGCUCCGAGACACGUGUUUUAAUGUGUCUGUCACUUGAUGAUUAGAGGGGUUAUUUUGGAUGCGAUGGUCCUUUACAACAUAUGCAGGAUGCUUUCCACCUUAAAAAUACAUUCUUUAUGUAAUGGAGGCAGGCGGAUAUCAGGUGUGAAAACUGCCCCCGACACCGUUUGUGUGUGAUGGCUGCGACCUCAGCGUCAGGAGCAAAUAUAUUCACUGUUGUCGAGGCUGUUGAUGUGAACAUGAUACUGUCAUCAGGCGUUUGCAGUAAUAAGUUCAUUAGUUUGCAGCGUUUGUCCAAUGAUCAUCCGCAGCAGGAACAGAGAAAAGCCUCUGAGAUCUGAAAUAAACCCGAGGAGGAGCUCAGAAGCAUCAUUAGAGGCGCUGAUGACACUUCAGUCAUACUUGAAUAAAGACGCAGCGGAUCUCUGAGCUCAGUCCAACACGUGUGGACGAUGAAGAUCUACUGAACUGCUGAUCUUUCACUUUAGCAGAAUCAGGAGAUGAGUUCCGCUCUCAUUCAUGACAAACUCUUCAUCAAGACAUUCUGGGAGCAGAAGAUCGUCAAUCACAAUCUCAUGAGAGAAGUUGAAGACGACAGAAUGAAGAAGAGCGCUCUCACAAAGCUGCGUGACGAGUGGCUCUUGAGACUGGAGACUCGGACGAAACAUCUGAAGAAUUUUGGCGACAACCACGGGGCAAAUUCAGCGACCGCAUAACGGACAGAUCACGCUGAUCCGAUGCCACAAUAAACACACGAGCUUCUGA